GCCUCCUCCAAAAAUCUCAUUAGACGACACCCCUAGACAAGGGAGAUUGGGAAGAGGGAGAUCUCAUCUUCACACAGUUUUAGGGUGGAUUUUAUUUUUACAAGUCUUCCUAUCUGGUUUUUGCCUUGAUCCAUCCGCUUCCCGCCGAGAUCGGACGGAACCUUUCUUCCGAUUAUGAAUUUGAUCAUCCCACAUUUGGAAGGAAACCGACACAGUUUUGACAGGAGCUGAAAAUUGAGUCGUCAGAGAAAUAUUAGGACAUAUUUUCAAUCAUUUUGGUGCCGAAGGGGAGGCAAGAGCUCAGUUUUAUAUUGAGACAUUACGCCAGCUGAAGGCAGAGAAUGUUUUUCCCUGCCAGGACCUGAUGCAAUCCAUUCAAGCCAACAAGUUUGGAGAGAAUGUUGAGUUCAAUCAAUUCAGAACGUCGAGAUGGAGCCCAACUCACUCCAGUGGGUCGGCUCACCGUGUGGCUUGCACGGACCUUACAUUUUCUACAAGGCUUUUCAAUUCCACCUUGAAGGCAAACCAAGAAUUUUGUCCCUUGGCGACUUUUUCUUUGUAAGAUGUACGCCAAAGGAUCCGAUUUGCAUAGCGGAGCUCCAGCUGUUGUGGGAAGAGAGGACCAGCCGGCAACUUUUAUCCAGCUCUAAACUUUAUUUCCUCCCAGAAGACACUCCCCAGGGCAGAAAUAGCGACCACGGCGAGGAUGAAGUCAUUGCUGUUUCUGAAAAGGUAAUCGUGAAGCUUGAAGACCUGGUCAAGUGGGUACACUCUGAUUUCUCCAAGUGGAGAUGUGGCCUCCAGGCUGGGGCCGUGAAGACCACGGCCUUGGGGAGGAAUGGACAGAAGGAAGCUUUGCUGAAGUAUAGGCAGUCAACACUCAACAGUGGACUCAACUUCAAAGACGUUCUCAAGGAAAAGGCUGACCUUGGGGAGGACGAGGAAGAGACGAACGUGAUCGUCCUCAGCUACCCUCAGUAUUGCCGGUACCGGUCCAUGCUGAAGCGCAUCCAGGAUAAGCCGCCUUCCAUUCUGACGGACCAGUUUGCGUUGGCCCUGGGGGGCAUUGCGGUGGUCAGCAAGAACCCGCAGAUCCUGUACUGUCGGGAUACCUUUGACCACCCAACUCUCAUUGAAAAUGAGAGUAUAUGUGAUGAGUUUGCGCCAAACCUUAAAGGCAGACCACGCAAAAAGAAACCAUGCCCACAGAGAAGAGAUUCAUUCAGUGGUGUUAAAGAUUCCAACAACAACUCCGAUGGCAAAGCUGUUGCCAAGGUGAAAUGUGAGGCCAGGUCAGCCUUGUCCAAGCCGAAGAAUAACCAUAAUAACUGUAAAAAAGUCUCAAAUGAAGAGAAACCAAAGGUUGCCAUUGGUGAAGAGUGCAGAGCAGAUGAGCAGGCCUUCCUGGUGGCACUCUAUAAAUACAUGAAAGAAAGGAAGACGCCAAUAGAACGAAUACCCUAUUUAGGUUUUAAACAGAUUAACCUUUGGACUAUGUUUCAAGCUGCUCAAAAACUGGGAGGAUAUGAAACAAUAACAGCCCGCCGACAAUGGAAACAUAUUUAUGAUGAAUUAGGCGGUAAUCCUGGGAGCACCAGCGCCGCCACUUGCACCCGCAGACAUUAUGAAAGAUUAAUCCUACCGUAUGAAAGGUUUAUUAAAGGGGAGGAAGAUAAGCCCCUGCCUCCAAUCAAACCUCGGAAACAGGAGAACAGUUCACAGGAAAAUGAGAAUAAAACAAAAGUAUCAGGAACCAAACGCAUCAAACAUGAAAUCCCUAAGAGCAAGAAAGAAAAAGAGAAUGCCCCGAAGCCCCAGGAAUCACCAGAGGUUUCAUCAGAGCCAGAGAAGGAACAAGAGACUUCGAAUCAGAAGAGCAUCACUGAGCCCCUCCCAGCAGCAGAGGGGAAGAGAAAAAUGGAAGGGUACCAGGAUUUCGCGGCGAGGCCCGUGGGGUCCCGAGCGGACCCCGAGAAGGACAGCGAUGCAGACCGAGGUGCCGGCGGUGCGACGGCCGCAGAGGAGGCGGGGGAGCAGGGGCCUGUCCCCCCGCUGCCCAGCGCCCCUGCCGCCCCUGACAGGGGCCCGGCCCUGGGCCCCGGGGCUGGCAAGCAGCCCCUCACCUCUCCCAGUGCCCCUGCGGACUCGAAGCAAGAGCCCCAGCCCUGCUGCUUUGCAGAGAGCCCGGACAGCGAGCCCCAAGAGCCCCCCUUCCCCGGCUUCCCCGCCGCGCAGCCGCCUCUGGCCAGCCAGAGCGAGCUGGAGGAGGACAAGCUGCCCGCCAUGGCCGACUACAUCGCCAACUGCACCGUCAAGGUGGACCAGCUGGGCAGUGACGACAUCCACAAUGCGCUCAAGCAGACCCCGAAGGUCCUGGUGGUUCAGUCCUUUGACAUGUUCAAGGACAAAGACCUGACCGGGCCCAUGAACGAGAACCACGGGCUUAACUACACGCCCCUGCUCUACUCGAGGGGCAACCCGGGCAUCAUGUCCCCACUGGCCAAGAAGAAGCUCCUGUCCCAAGUGAGUGGGGCCGGCCUCUCCGGCAGCUACCCCUACGGCUCCCCGCCCCCUCUGAUCAGCAAAAAGAAGCUGAUCCCGAGGGACGAGCUGUGCUCGGGUUUGCCCCAGGCCCACCCGGGCCAGGGGAGCGACCACGCGGCGGUGAGCCGGCCGUCGGUGAUUCAGCACGUGCAGAGCUUCCGAAGCAAGGCCUCGGAAGAGAGAAAGGGCCUCGGUGACCUUUUCAAGCACGACAAGCUGGGGCGAUCGGAGCCGCACCGCUGCAGCUUCUCCAAGCAUCACCUCGGCCCGCUCGCCGACUCCUACGCGCUGAAGCCCGACGCCCCGGAGGGCAAGGACAAGCCGCUGGAGAAGAGGGCGCUGCCCCACGCGCACGUGCCCAGCUUCCUGGCCGACUUCUACUCGUCGCCUCACCUGCACAGCCUCUACCGGCACGCGGAGCACCACCUUCACGCCGAGCAGACCUCCAAGUACGCCUGCAGGGACGCGUACCGGGAGUCGGAGAACAGCUCCUUCCCCGCCCACAAACACCAGGAGAAGCUGCACGUCAAUUAUCUCGCCUCGCUGCACCUGCAGGACAAGAAGCCGGCCCCCGCCGAGGCCCCCGCCGACGAGCAGCCCACGGACCUGAGCCUCCCCAAGAACCUGCACAAACCCACGGGCAAGGUCCUGGGCCUGGCCCACGCGGCGCCCGGGCCGCAGGAGAGCAAGGGCGCCCCCCAGUUCCCGGCGGGCAACGGCCAGAGCCGAGACGGUCACCCCAAGGCCUGCCGGGUCUCGCCCAUGACCCUGUCGGCCCCCAAAAAGUACCCCGAGCCGCUGUCCAGGGCGAGCCGGCCGCACCACGUGAGGCUGGAGAGCUUCCGCAAGCUCGAGGGCAUGGUGCACCCGGUGCUGCACCGCAAGGCCGGCCCGCAGGCCGUGGGCGCCGCGCGGCCCAUCAAGCGCGGCCUGGAGGACCUGGACCUGGUGAUCGCGGGGAAGAAGGCCCGCGCCGUGUCCCCGCUCGACCCGCCCAAGGAGGCCUGCGGGAAGGACAAGGGCGCGGAGCUGGAGGGCGAGGGCGGCAAGGCGGCGGCGGCGCACGGCGGCCCGGGGGGCGCGGGCGGGGGCGCGGGCGGGGGCGCGGGCGGGGCGGCGGCCGACGGCCACAAGGCGGCGCUGUCCUCGCCCAUCUUCCCGGGGCUGUACUCGGGCAGCCUGUGCGGCUCGGGCCUCGGCUCCCGGCUGCCCGCCGGCUACUCCCACUCGCUGCAGUACUUGAAAAACCAGACCGUGCUCUCUCCGCUCAUGCAGCCCCUGGCUUUCCACUCGCUCGUGAUGCAAAGGGGGAUUUUUACGUCGCCGACAAAUUCUCAGCAGCUUUACAGACACUUGGCUGCGGCCACCCCCGUGGGAAGCUCGUACGGGGACCUUUUGCACAACAGCAUUUACCCACUCGCUGCUAUCAACCCUCAAGCUGCCUUCCCGGCCUCCCAGCUGUCGUCCGUCCACCCCAGCACGAAACUGUGAGCCCGGCCCGGGCCGGCGCGGCUCGCGGAGCUCCUCCCCUCGCAGCCCCGGGCGCGGCGGCGGCGGC